AAGAUGUUCUAACCACAAGUACAAAAAUGCUGAUUAUGACACCGCCGAAGACGCAGGGAAACUGGUCUUGAAAUCAAAGGGAGGGAACAUUUAACUCAAGCACUUAGAAGAAAACGGAGGAAGAGAAGCAUCAGCUCUAACUGUCCAGCAUCAACAUGGACGUUGACAACAAUACCAGUAAUGGAACCUUGUGUGACCUCUAUUACCAUCACAACACGGCAAGGAUUUUGCUGCCAAUCUUCUACAGCAUGAUCUUCUUGUUUGGAUUGCUUGGAAACAUCCUGGCUAUGUUUGUCAUCCACAAAAACAGGCGGAAGCUAAACUCAACCACUCUCUAUUCGAGAAACCUGGUCAUUUCUGACAUAUGUUUUGCCAUUGUCUCACCUUCCAGGAUUGUGUACUAUGCGAAGGGUUUUGACUGGACAUUCGGAGAAGCAUUUUGUCGGAUAACCGCACUAUUUCUGUACAUUAAUACUUAUGCUGGAGUAAACUUCAUGACUUGUCUGAGCAUCGACCGUUUCUUUGCAGUGGUGCACCCGCAUCGUUACAACAGAAUAAGGAGGGUGAAGUUUGCCAAGAUCAUCUGCAUUUGCGUUUGGUUGCUGGUCUUCUUCCAAACAUUCCCACUUCUUAUACAGCAAAUGUCUCAAACGGAGCUACACACUGGGAAAACGCGGUGUAUGGAAUACCCAAUCUUUGAAGCCAUAGACAAUUUGCCAUAUAUACUUCUUGGGGCAUGUUUUAUUGGAUUCUACCUCCCUUUGGUAAUAAUACUGUAUUGCUAUUCUCAGAUAAGUAUUAAACUCUGCCAGACUACAAAGAAGAAUCCAUUAUCGGAAAAAACUGGCACCAACAAAAAGGCUACUAACACAAUCAUUUUAGUGAUUGUGGUGUUCCUUAUUUGUUUUACCCCGUAUCACGCGGCUAUUACUCAGCAUAUGAUCAAGAAACUUAUUUAUCAGCCAGACUGUGAAGAGCAGAAACUAUUUCAAGUAGUCCUUCAUGUCACGGUUUGCCUGAUGAACUUAAACUGUUGCCUGGAUCCCCUCAUUUACUUCUGUGCAUGCAAAGGAUACAAGAAUCAGAUUCUGAAAAUAUUAAAACGGCAGGCUAGCGUUACCUCAUCCAGCGCCACCAGGCCAGCGGCUGAAGAAAGCUCACGUGAUCUCACAGAAAGCCAAAUGAAUCAAAGUAUACCAUUAAACCAUAAAGUAAACCAAUCUGUGAGUAAAAAAUAAUACUAGGAGAAAAAAAAACUCAUGUCAGAGCCCUUCCUAAUCAACCAUUAUAGAAAGACUUAUUUUGAAAUAUUGCACCCUCUGGAGGACAUUAUAUA